AUGAGGAAGGCUGUACUGCAGCAGCAGUGCUUUGCCCUGCCGUGCGUGCAGCAGAGCGUGUGUGCCUGCAUCGGCGACAACGAUGCGCUAGAAACUAAUUUUUCCCUUUCCUGGUUGCCCCGACAGUGUGCUGGGGAGGAGAAGCGGGUCGGUACACGCACAGUGGUGGUUGGGCACCGUCCAGUUUCGGAAACAGAUGCAUAUGUGGCACAGAAGUUCUGCGACAACAGAAUUGUCUCCUCCAAGUACACCCUUUGGAACUUCCUCCCGAAGAACCUAUUUGAGCAGUUUAGAAGAAUUGCCAACUUCUACUUCCUCAUCAUCUUCCUCGUGCAGGUGAUAGUGGACACCCCGACGAGCCCAGUGACCAGCGGCCUCCCACUCUUCUUUGUCAUCACUGUCACAGCUAUCAAACAGGGAUACGAGGACUGGCUGAGGCACAGAGCUGACAAUGAAGUGAACAAAAGCAAUGUCUUCAUUGUUGAAAAUGCAAAGCAAGUGCAGAAGGAGAGUGAAAAAAUCAAGGUUGGAGACAUAGUAGAAGUGAAAGCAGAUGAGACCUUCCCCUGUGACUUGAUAUUUUUGGCCUCGAGCAGCAUUGACGGGACCUGUUAUGUCACCACAGCAAGUCUCGAUGGCGAGUCCAAUUUCAAGACUCACUACGCCGUGCGGGAUACCACCGUGCUCUGUACAGACGAAGCCAUCGACGCCCUCACUGCCACCAUCGAGUGCGAACAGCCGCAGCCCGACCUCUACAAAUUUGUUGGAAGAAUUAUCAUCUAUGGCAGUAACCAAGAGCCUGUAGCCAGGUCUUUGGGUCCUGAAAACCUGUUGCUGAAAGGUGCUACACUCAAAAAUACCAAGAAGAUUUAUGGAGUUGCAGUCUAUACUGGAAUGGAAACGAAAAUGGCUUUGAACUACCAAGGGAAAUCUCAGAAACGGUCUGCUGUAGAAAAAUCUAUCAACGCUUUCUUGAUAGUGUAUUUGUGCAUCCUAUUGAGCAAGGCUACUGUGUGCACGACUCUGAAAUAUGUCUGGCAGAGCAAUCCAUUUAAUGAUGAGCCUUGGUACAACGAAAAGACUAAAAAAGAAAGAGACACGUUCAAGGUCUUGCGGAUGUUCACGGACUUCUUGUCGUUUAUGGUUCUCUUCAAUUUUAUUAUCCCAGUCUCCAUGUACGUUACAGUAGAGAUGCAGAAGUUCUUGGGUUCCUUCUUCAUCUCUUGGGACAAGGAAAUGUAUGAUGAAGAAAUAAAAGAGGGAGCAUUGGUGAACACCUCAGACCUGAAUGAAGAGCUUGGGCAGGUGGAAUACGUCUUCACGGACAAAACAGGGACCCUGACAGAGAACAGCAUGGAGUUCAUUGAGUGCUGCAUAGAUGGGCACAAGUACAAAGACUGCAUUUCAGAGGUGGAUGGCUUCUCUCAAACUGAUGGACCCCUAAAAUAUUAUGGCAAAGCAGAAAAGAGUCGUGAGGAGCUGUUCCUGCGAGCCCUCUGCCUGUGCCACACCGUUCAGAUCAAGGAAGCAGACCAGGUGGACGGGCUGAUAGGACAUCCAGAACGUAAAGACACCUAUAUCUCCUCUUCUCCAGAUGAAAUUGCUUUGGUGAAAGGCGCAGAAAAGUAUGGUUUCACUUUUCUAGGACUUGAAAAUGGUUUCAUGAAAAUACGAAAUCAAAAGAAUGAAACUGAAAUGUACCAACUUCUGCAUGUGUUGAACUUCGAUCCUGUCCGUCGCCGUAUGAGUGUCAUUGUGAGAACCACCACGGGAAAGUUGCUUCUCUUUUGUAAAGGAGCAGACUCCUCUAUUUUUCCAAGGGUGCAACAAGAAGAAAUCCAACAAACAAAAGUCCAUGUGGACCGCAAUGCUAUGGAUGGCUACCGAACGCUCUGCGUGGCAUUCAAAGAACUAACUCAAAAGGAGUAUGACAAAAUUGACAGACAACUUAAUGAAGCUAAGAUGGCUUUGCAGGACAGGGAGGAAAAGAUGGCGAAGGUUUUUGAAGACGCAGAAGCAGACAUGCACUUGAUAGGGGCUACUGCCGUAGAAGACAGGCUGCAGGAGCAGUCGGCAGAGACAAUCGAAGCUCUGCACGCAGCCGGCAUGAAGGUUUGGGUGCUGACGGGAGACAAGAUGGAAACUGCCAAAUCCACCUGCUACGCCUGCAGGCUCUUCCAGACCAGCACUGAGCUGCUGGAGCUGACGGCAAAAAUGGUGGGUGAGAGCGAAAGAAAGGAGGAUCGGCUCCAUGAGCUGCUGAUGGAGUACCAUAAAAAGCUGAUUCAGGAUGUUCCCAAAAACCGGGGAGGCCUGAAGAGAAGCUGGACGUUGAGUCAAGAGUAUGGCCUGAUAAUAGAUGGCUCAACGCUCUCACUGAUACUCAACCCUUCUCAGGACUCCAGUCCUAGUAAUUACAAAAACAUAUUUCUACAAAUCUGCUUGAAGUGUACUGCCGUCCUCUGCUGCCGGAUGGCUCCUUUGCAGAAAGCACAGAUUGUACGAAUGGUGAAGAACACAAAAGGGAGCCCAAUAACACUUUCCAUAGGGGAUGGUGCAAAUGAUGUUAGUAUGAUUUUGGAAGCACAUGUUGGAAUAGGUAUAAAAGGCAAAGAAGGACGGCAGGCUUCCAGAAACAGCGACUAUGCUGUGCCAAAGUUUAAACAUUUAAGAAAAUUGCUACUAGCACAUGGGCAUUUAUAUUAUGUGAGAAUAGCACACCUUGUACAGUAUUUCUUCUAUAAGAAUCUUUGCUUCAUUUUACCGCAGUUUUUAUACCAGUUCUUCUGUGGAUUCUCACAGCAGCCACUGUACGAUGCUGCUUAUCUUACCAUGUACAACAUCUGCUUCACAUCACUACCUAUCCUGGCUUACAGCCUCCUGGAGCAGCAUAUCAACAUCGACACGCUGACCUCAGACCCUCAGCUGUAUAUGAAGGUUUCAGAUAAUGCAAUGCUGCAGUGGAGGCCGUUCCUGUACUGGACCUUUCUGGGCGCCUUUGAAGGACUUGUGUUUUUCUUUGGGGUUUAUUUUCUUUUUCAAAAUUCAUCAUUGGAAGAUAACGGAAAGGUUUUCGGGAACUGGACCUUUGGGACGAUUGUUUUCACCGUGCUGGUGUUCACCGUCACUCUGAAGCUAGCAUUAGAUACCCGAUUCUGGACGUGGAUGAACCACUUUGUGAUUUGGGGCUCCCUUGCCUUCUAUGUGUUUUUCUCGUUCUUUUGGGGAGGAGUCAUUUGGCCUUUCUUGAAGCAGCAAAGAAUGUAUUUUGUAUUUGCCCAUAUGCUGACUUCUGUUUCCACGUGGCUGGCAAUAGUUCUCCUGAUCUUUAUCAGCCUUUUCCCAGAAAUUCUUCUAAUAGUUUUAAAAAAUAUAAGAGAGAAAAAUCAUCAGACUGCCCCCUUUGAUCUGCCUAUGUUAGUCUCAUACAAACGUAUAGAGAAUGGUUAUGCGAAGACUGAAGAUGCUGUUACUAAUUUGGCAGAAAGAUAUCCUCUCAGGAUACUUUAA